CGGCAGGCAAAGGUCUGCCAGCGUCGUGUGGAUUUUGAAGUCGCAUCGUUUAGUGAAAUCAGGAUUAGCCCACCGUUCACGACAUUAUCAUCUUGGGCUGUGUUUGGUGGAUUGUUUUGAUAGCCGUCUUGCCUCUUCGCGUGAGUGCGUUCGUUUCCUGCUACGUAUCUGUGCUGGCCAGUCGGUCAUAUCACAGCUCUUAAGGAAAGCUGCGAGGUUCCUUCCUCAUCCUCCAGCCAUGCCUGAGGGACCAGAGCUGCACCUGGCCAGUCUGUUUGUGAACCGGGUGUGUGAGGGGGUCGUGUUCACGGGUGCUGUGGAGAAGUCGGAGGUCAGCAAGUGUCCAGAGGUGCCCUUCGCCUGCAAUACCUACCGCAUCAGUGCCACCUCCCGUGGGAAGGAGGUACGGCUCACCCUCACACCCUUCAAGGGUGAGGAAGGCAAGGGCAGGGCUAAGGCUGGGGUACCCCAGCCCAUGGAUGUGGUCUUUCGCUUUGGGAUGUCGGGUUACUUCCGUUUCACGACCAUCAAGGAGCUCCCCAAACACGCGCACCUGCGAUUUUACACCAAUGAGAAGCCAUGCCAAGUGCUGAGCUACGUGGACCCCCGCAGGUUUGGCAGCUGGGUGCCCAAUGGGACGUGGCAGACAGACAGGGGGCCCUGUGUCAUGUCUGAAUAUCAGAUCUUCAGGGACAACGUGCUGUCACACCUCUCAGAUCGUGCCUUUGAUAAGCCAAUCUGCGAAGCUUUACUCAACCAGAAAUACUUUAAUGGGAUUGGCAACUACCUACGGGCAGAGAUUCUUUACAGGUCAAACAUCCCACCUUUUGUUAUGGCAAGAACAGUGCUAGAAGUACUUCAGCCCAGUGAACAGUCUGAUUUGGACAAGAAGCCAACCAAAGAGAGGGUGAAGGUGAAGUCGGAAAGUCCAGAUCUCCUGAGUUUGUGCCACACGGUUCCUCUGGAGGUGGUGAAGUUGGGUGGGAAAGGCUAUGAUCCUGAGAAGGCGGAUUACUCAGUUUUAGUAGCAUGGAUGAAGUGUUAUAAUGUGGAGGGGAUGAAGUCAGUGAGAGACCACAACGGGAGAACAAUGUGGUUCAAGGGAGAUCCUGGCCCCAUGGUCCCGAAAGGUUCUAAAUCUCCUAAAGCAAAGAAAGCAAAGAAGAGAAUUAAGAAAGAGGAGGAUGAUGAGAUUGACCACAAAAAGGUGUCGAAAAAGAAGCGAGCAGAAACGAAAAAUAAAAAAGUGAAACAGGAAAAUGGGGUCAAAAAGGAAAAGGAGGGGACCGGGAAGAGGACGGGACGAAAAAAAGGGCGAGGUGGACAGAACAAGCAAACAGUGACCCAGAGAGGGGCGAGUAAGAGGUCGAGCGCAGGCAGGAAGAGCACUGCAGCUGGAGCUGUAGUGCCUCGGAGGCAGAGUGGGCGAGUAACCAGGGGGAGCACCAAGCGGAACAGCUGAAGAGCGUGCCCACAGUGACAGCUUCAGAACGCAGACCAGAUCUACAGCUACUA